CAAAAGACAUGGUGCAGUAUAAGAAGUUUCUGUUCUCCUUGUAACCACAGCCUGUAGCUGUGGUUACUGAGGAAAAAAUACAUGGAAAUUCAUAAUGAAGCUGGGGAGAGAGAAAGUUAACCCAUGUUCAAAAUAAUGUAGCUUACCAGACACACAUUACCUUGGAAUUUUCCCCCAGUGAUGGAAUCUGAUGUGGCUGAUCACAUGACCCGUCUGAAGCUCAAACUCCUUGAAAAGAAAUUAGAAAAUGAACGUGAAAACUUGGAUGACUCUGAAUCACCCUUCUCUACAAGGAAUUAUGACAAUUAUGGCUAUGCCUUACAAAGUGCACUGAGAAGAAGGAAAGACCUUUUACAGCAGCUCAGAGAACAAAAUCUUUUGGAAGAGAUUUCAGUACCACAAAGUUUACCAAGAAUUCAUAAAAAGUCCUUGAAGCCACAUCAUAUCUACCAAAUUCCUCCUCCUCCUCCUCCUCCUCCUCCUUCUCCUCCUCCUCCUCCUCCUCCUCCUCCUCCCCCUCUACCUCAACAACCAAGAAUUAUCCAGCAAACAUUACCACAGCAACCAGCAACCAUAAUUCAACAAAUACCUUCAUAUCAGCCACCACUCAUUACACAGAUUCCAACUCCACAGUCCUUUUCAGUACCCAGAUCUGGGAGUAUUAAAGAAGAUAUGGUAGAAAUGAUGCUAAUGCAAAAUGCACAGAUGCAUCAAAUCAUUAUGCAGAACAUGAUGCUGAAAUCCUUACCACCAACAUAUUCACCAACUAGUGGGUACGGGGUCCCUAUGCUUCAACAUGGACAACAGUUUACUGCUCCUAUUCCAACAAGAGUGGAGAAAUCACGACCAUCAACUAUACAUCAUCAUCACUAUACAUCUUUAGGAGCACCAGUUAUUCCUUCUCAAAGUGGCUUCCCCAUGUGGCCAUUAGUUCUGCAACCUGGCCUUAGCCCACAACUGGAAGGUUUCCCAUCUGAAGUACAUAAUCUGCCCAUUCCAGUUAAUGCAUCACACACUGUGCCACCUCACAGACUGCUUGGAUUACCUUCGGGUUUGUAGAUUCCAUAGCAACAAUCUAGAAAAGGUGGCUUGCAAAGGGGCAAUGAGUAUCUAAUUAAAAGCAUUGGAGCUCUCUCAUCUGAUACUUCACUUCGCUGCAGAUAGACAGAAAUUAUGCACAUUUGCUGAGAACAUAGGAUUUCCAGUGAGCAUAAAAUUUCCACCUGAUACAACAGACUUAUGCAUCAAUUUUAUUUGAGCUAUACUACGUGAUAAAUAUUGUGCACCAUAUCCUGUUCAUUCAUGUUACAGACAUGAAAGAGGAGGAAGAAUGCCAUAGGAAAAUAAGGAAAAGUGCCAGCAUCCAUACUGGCCAUACUGGAAGCUAUGAGUUACAUAGCAGCAGUCAUAUCAUAAUAAUUAGGAAGUGAUGGAGACACCUUUGCGCAUUGUUCAAUCCACCUAACAACAUUUAAAAUAGGAUGUCAUCAACAGGGCUUUUCACUGCAAGACUGUCUACCAGAGUGGUCGAACUAGGAGUUGAUGGGAAAUCACUGCUCUAAUUACCCCAAAACAGGGAAGAAGGGGUAGCAUGGAGCAUAGUGGCACAAUUCUUCUCAAACAAUGGAAAUAGUGUUUGGUCAUACAGACAGAGUAAUAAAGCUAAGGAAGCCAGAACUGUUGUAAAAGUGCAUUGACUAGGGCAUCAGGAGCAGCAAAACAAGCUCUAUGAGACAGAAUAGGAAGAAAAUAGUUGUAGUUUAGCUAGCAAGAGUGUCAUCAUAUGCAAAAGAAAAGGGGGCCCCAGAAAUCAAAACUAUUGUGCUGGCUAUUGUGCUGGCUAAAUUCUUCUGUUGCAAAAUAAUAGAGAAGCUAUGAGGCACUCAUCAUCCCUUUUCUUUUGUGCACGUUAAAUAAUUCUGGGUUAUAUGUGCAGAAUGUCCAAAGUUUAAAACUGCUAGAGCUUCUCAACAGGAGUGGCUUGGAGCCUUCUUUGCUAUCUGAAAACAUUAUUGUUCUUUAGUGUCAGGCCCAAGCCCAAAGACAACAGAGUGAAAUCCAAUUGACUCCAAUUCUUUAUUUGCUUACAUGUAAUAGAAAAAAUCGUGUUAGACUACAGCUAUAAUCUUCUAAUCUAAUAAAUACAGAGAGAGAGAUUCUAGGGUAUAACCAUCCUGACGCUAUCCAGUCACCAAAUGAACUGUUUUAAAUCCUGGAAUCCUGGGAAAAAGUUAAUGCUGCCAGCCAGUGAAUUUACUUCAGCAGCAGAUCCAGUCCGUUCAGAGACUGAAAAAAUCCUUGUCCUUUUCUUAAUAAUGACAAUCCUACAUUUUACAUUCAGCUGUAGUUCUACAAGAUCAAAAUCCCUUUCAAUCAUUUUCCUGUGUUCCACUCCUGGAAAGUGGAAAGCUCUCCAACCUCCUCAUGUUAAUCAAGAGAUUUGAAAGGGAACUGAACCUGUCCUUCUUUGAAUGCAAGUACAGCUCUGUGCAUGAUCCAGGACCUAAAUAAAUCAGCUCUGUGCAUGAUCCAGAUUGUACUGACAGCUGUAUUUGCCUUUAAGUAAACAUUAGAACUCCCUUUCAGACCUAUCACCUGAAGCAUGCAUGACAGUUGGAGAAAUUGGGGCAGGGUUGAAUGUUACCCAUCCUCCCCUAACUUUGAAUUUUUCUCCGUAUUCAAGUUCCUGAAUAAGAUUUGUAUUUCUUAUGAAAUUCUGUCAAUUAGAAGCAAUUUACAGAACAGAGGUCCUUCCAGUCAGUCUCAAAACUUCUGUCUCUCGAGAUCUACGUUUCAGUAUUAUGCAUGCAAUAUUGCAGAAAAGAAAGUUUCUCUGAUGGUUCAGGCCACUUGUUAUCAAAUAUAGCAAGAGGAUGGGUAUAUGGAGAAGAGUUACAACAGUGAUAUAAGCAGCAGGCAAUCUUCCAAUUGUGAGCAAUGAGUUACUAUGUGUCUCAUGGAAACAAAGGAAGAUGGCAUGCCCAGGCUUUGGGAGGCUCUGGUUUCUUAAUGUUUAAACAUCAACAAUGCUUUCUGAAUCUUUCUUUUUCCCCAAAUGGAAUGAUAUUGUGUUUUGUUUUGUUUUUGUUCAUGACACUUUGCUACCAAAACCAGCAACAAACCAGGAAGUUGUUAAGUGAGAUUCGCUCCAUUUUAUGACCUUUUUUUGCCACAGUUGUUAAACAAAUUACUCCAGUUAUUAACUGAAUCUGGCUCCCCCCCCUUGACUUUGCUUGUUGGAAACCAACUGGGAAAUUUACAAAUGGAGAUCACAUGACCCCAGAAUGUGCAAUUAUCAUAAUACAUGCCAGUUGGCAAGAGCCCAAAUUUUGAUCACAUGACCAUGGGGAUGCUACAAUGGUCAUAAGUGUGAAAACUGAUUAUAAGUCACUUUUUUCAGUGCCACUGUAAUUUUGAAUGUCACUAAAUGAAUGGUGGUAAGUCAAGGAUUACAUAAAUGGCCCUCAAGUUUCCACUUAUGAGUUCUGCUUUGGAGCAUGAAUUUGCUCCUGAGCAAUGCCUGUCUCUGAGCAUCCCCAACUCUGUAUGUGAGGUUUGCAGUUCUUCAAUAAUUGUCUCUUGAGUGAUUUGACAGAAUCCAUGUUAAAGUUUUAGAAGAUCAGAUGUUAGUGAUAGCUCAAGUUCUUGAAUGGGAAGUCAAUAUACUCUCAGGCCAAAUGUCUUUCCUUUAGGGCUCUCAGAUUGUGACUGCAAAACCUUAGGUGACUACUAGGUGGCAGCAGAGGCCUGCAUGAAAGUCCAAGUCUGAAUUUAUGGCUGGAUGUUUGCAGGACAGAUGUUAGCCUUUUUUGUUUGUUUGUUUCUAUUGUUCUCCAUUUUGUAUUGUAAGUGUAUGUGAAAUGGGAAUUGAGAUAUCUAAUACCCAGCUGUGUGAUGGUCUCUUUGAUUAUCUGCAGUAAUGUGUAUAGGAUGAGAGUAUAAAUUCACGGUACCAUUUACAGGUACCAUUUUUUUCCUACAUUGACAUUCUGCAAAAUUCAACGAAACAUACAAUAUUUACAGUUAUUAUAAAUUCCGAAAUUAAAGACACUGGAAAGAUAAGGAGAUGGGGUUAUGGACCACCAAGAAGAUUGGCAAAAGUUUGGUGUAGUGGUUAAGGCACUAGGCUAGAAAGCGCAGACCAUGAGUUCAGGCCUUGUCUUAUCCAUGAAAGCAAGCCCAACUCACCUCAUAAGGCUGUUGUUAUUGGGAAAAUAGGAAGAGGAAGGUGUGUUGGAUAUGCUCACCACUUUGUGCCAUUUGUAAAAAUAAUAAAGGCGAGGUAUAAAUACAUUUUAAAAAAGCAGUAGUGGAAAGAGACUGAGAAAAUUGGGUAUUAGGUUUGUGGGAAGAUGCUUAGAAGAUGUGGUAGCACUGUGAAUUUUUAUAAUACCAAUUUUUACUCUUGCACAAGAGUAGAAGCAGCAAGAAUUUGUAGUUGAACAAAUAUAACUCAAAUUCUGGUACCUAAUUUUCUACCAAUAUUACAUCUCAAACAGAAAACCUUAAUUACAGGAUUGCAUUGUAAUUUUUUUUAAAAUUUUAUUUGCAUCUGUUCAGUCUGAUACAUUUUGUUUUUUCCUGGGAUUACAGUUCCAACCAUUAAAUUAAUGGGGUGAUUGGAAAAACUAAAUCAUUCAAAAGCAUCUAUAAAUGCAUUUUUCUGUGCUUGUUUCACCAAUUUAUAUUAUAAAUUAUUAUAUUAUUCUCAUGUAAGAUUAAAAUAUUGUGUACUCAGAAGUCAAAAUAAAUAAACCAUAUUCUCGAUAAAGAAA